CUACCAUCUAAUAUCUCGCGUAAAGAUUGAUGUCGGGCAUGAAUGCUUACCGGCUUUUCUGUGUGUUGAGGCAGACGGCAGCCUCUGGUUUGAAAGUGCUGCCUGCUAACAGCUCAGCCUGACAAAGCCUCACCGGUCCUCCUGUCUUGUCUUCUGUUGUAAAUUAUGAUGUUGGGUUCUCUGAAGAGCUUUUUAGGUUUCAGACCUACCUGUGUCACAGCACUUGGAUUACUAAUUUGGGAUCUUGAGCCCCACAAGUGCAGAACUCAACAAGUGCAGAACUCGUAGUGUCAUUAAAUACGUGAAAGAUUUGCUGGUUGGGGCUGUAGAAGACUUUAAAAAUCACCUCGUCGGUUUAAUCGACGGGGUGGGGGAGGGAUCUAAGUAAUUGCGUGAUUGCCAAUGGCAGCCCUUAAAGCUGUGAAUCCAGUCAUCUUUGGGCUCUGCACAUCACACCUGUACUGUCUGUCUUCUUUUCCUCCCUCCUGGUCUUCUCUUUUGAAAGAAGGUUUCAGAGUCUGUAAAGAUCUUGAAUGCUUGGGAUAGAGGUGUGGGCCAGCAUUAUAUACUGCUGUGGAGUGAACACAAGGCCCUGCCCUGCCCUGCCCUUCUUUUCCUCUCCCUCCCUUCUUCUCUCCUCUCGUUUUCACGUAGGCCUUCUGCAUGGUAGGCCUGAACUUUACCAACUGAGAUGCAUGCCAGGUCCUAUUCAGUUCUUGAACAUGUUGGCUGCAAAGAUUUAGAACAGUGGUUAAUGGGUCUCUCUGUGUGUGUUUUCAAGGUAGGGUUUCUCUGUGUAGCCUGGCUGUGUAGCCUGUGUACCAGAUGCCGUGUUCAGAGGCAGAGACCGGUAAAGAAGGCCUGGUGCCACCCCUAAGAGACCAGACAUCUAUCCAAUCAGGUAGACUACAGCGAUCUCCCUGUCUCUGCCUCCUGAGCACUAGGACUAAAGGUGUGCGCCACCACUGCCAGGCUAAAAUGGAGCAAGGCUGCAGUUGGGUGUUUUGAGUGUGUAGAGUUAUAUUUCUUUCUUUUGAAAAAAAAAAUGAUUUAUGUGUAUGUGUGUUUGAUCUCUGUCUAUGUCUGUGUGCCACAUACAUGCAAUGGAUGUGGAGGUCAGAAGAGGGCAUCAGAUCCCCAGGAACUGGAGUUACAGAUGGUUGCUGUGGAUGAGGAAAGCAAACCAGGUCCUGAGCAAGAGCAGUAAGUGCUCUGAGCACCUGCGCCAGCUCCCCAGCCUUGGAAGGCGUUGAAGCUGAAAAGAAAGCCAUCUCUCUUCUUUCUAAAUUGCGGAAUGAAAUGCAGACAGAUAAGCCCAUCAUUCCCCUGGUUGAUGAAGGUGACGACGUUGACAUCUGGAAUCAGUACCUGGAGUAUCAGCGCAGUCUGCUGACUGACAGCGGCGAGGCGCCGCGCUGGUUCUUCUCGCCCUGGCUGUUUGUGGAGUGCUACAUGUACCGGAGGAUCCAUGAAGCCCUCAACCAGAGCCCACCAAUCCAUGACUUUGAUGUAUUUCAAGAAAGCAAAAACGCGAACUUCUUUGAGUCCCAGGAGUCCAUCGAUGCUCUGUGUGAGUACUUGCAGCAGUUGCGAUCAGCCGAGGACCUCGGUGAAAACCAUCUGAAGGAGGAGUUCCUCAAACUUCUGCAGAUUUCCCUCUGGGGGAAUAAGUGUGAUCUGUCUCUAUCAGGUGGAGAAAGUAGUUCUCAGAAGACCAAUGUAAUAAAUUCUUUGGAAGGCCUAAAGCCAUUCAUUUUGAUAAAUGAUACAGAAUUUCUUUGGGCAUUGCUCAUUAAAUGCAAGAAAACAGGAAAACCAUCUGGAGUUAGAGUAGAUAUUGUUCUGGAUAAUUCUGGGUUUGAGCUUGUUACAGAUUUAGUAUUCGCAGACUUCUUGUUAUUCUCCGAGUUAGCUACUGAGAUUCAUUUUCACGGAAAAACUAUCCCAUGGUUUGUGUCUGACGUUACUGUGCGGGACUUUAAUUGGACGGUUGAACAUACGAAGAGCAGUGAUCAGAAGUCUACCUCUGCCUGUGGAGCUGCCUGGGAAAACUAUGUUAAAAUGGGUAGGUGGGUUUACCACAGCCAUAGGUUCUGGACUCUGCCUCACCCGUACUGUGCGAUGCUCCAGGUUGCCCCUGACUUGUAUGCAGAACUUCAGAAAGCAUGCCUUGUUUUAUUCAAGGGGGAUUUGAAUUACAGGAAGCUGAUGAGUGACAGAAAAUGGGAGUUUACCUGUCCAUUCCAUCAGGCCCUGAGUGGCUUCCACCCUGCACCUCUGUGUAGCAUAAGAACUUUAAAGUGUGAGCUUCAGGUUGGUCUGCAGCCUGGGCAGGCCGAGCAGCUCACAGCCUCAGAUCCGCACUGGCUGACCACUGGCGAGUAUGGAAUCUUUCAGUUUGAUGGUCCACUUUGACUCUGCUCAGGAAUUCCUGGAUGCAUAAAAGUUCUGAGAAUCUCCCUUCAGUGCCAGAAAAGCAGCGCAUGGAUUUAGUCCUGGCUUCUUGUCAGCACGGGAAGCCCCAUUUCUCGGCUCCUAUGCUUCCUUACAUACUGUAGAAGAUGCUUCCUUGGAACAGUAUCCCCACUGAAGUGUUUUUCAAGAUGGGUUUUAAGCUAACUUCUGUUGGAACAUUAGUCACUCUUCCAAGUGCAUACUUCCAAGUGGUUUUAAUGAACUCAUUUUUAAUUGAGAAGAAUGCAAAAUGUAAGGGAAUUCUGCUUUUUUAUGAUUUAAUCCUGGGGUUUUACUUUUCUUUCUUAAACAGAUCAUUUAAUAUUAUAAGGAGCCUAAGUAGUAUUUAACUUAGUUUUGUCUCCUGAAUUAGUGGUGCAGUGAGCAUAUGCCUUGUAACCACUCUGCAGGGAGGCGUGUCUGGGAUGCUUGAACACGCAGAGACAGAAUUACCUCAGACCUGAACCACAGCCAGCUCUCUUUUGCACGCAUCUAAGUCGUCCCCCCCCCAACACACAUCUGAGUUUUAAAAGCCUGUUUUCUUGCAUGGAUUUGUGUUUUGAUUGACCUGUGAAGUGGGUCAGAGCACAAACUGAACAUCGUGAAACAAAGGUGUCUGACUAAAUACAACCGUAGUGGCUUUUCCAUCCUCCUUUCCGUUUCCAUGCUGAAGCCCCCGCCACAGUGGUGCCCAGAUAGACACAGGCGCUGUCCGCAGCAGCAGAGGAGUGUGUUAUACAGAAAAGGCUGUUAGGCAUUGUCUCCGAUACUGCCAGGCGGAGCUAGUCUUCACCUCACACAUUGUGUAGCUCCUCACCUCAGACGCCAUAGUCUGCAAAUCCACGUUAGUUUGUUUCAAAACAAAUAAACCUGGAAACGUUUUCUUGUACUGGAAUAAUAAAAUGGCUUUUGCUGAGAAA